UAAAGAUACACCUACUAGUACUCAUUAUUAAUAAAAUCAAACUAAAUAUUGAGUGUCGAUCACUUGUAGCUAUUGACUGAUUAUCAACCAUUAGCAUAUUAAGGGAAAUAUUUACCUAUCAAGAUGAAUAGUACAAGCUAUGAAGACGGUACGAAAAACAGUGUGGAUGUAAACAAAAUAAUUGAAUUUAUGCAGUACAUCGGACGUCUAAAGCACAUUAAGAGGACUGGUUGGGUGAGGAAAAAUAUUCCCGACCCGGAAACCAUUUCAGGACAUAUGUACCGAAUGGCAAUGCUUUCCUUCCUAGUUGACCCCAAGAAGAAUUUAAAUAAAUCAAAAUUAAUUGAAAUGGCUUUAGUCCAUGAUUUAGCCGAAUGCAUAGUUGGAGAUAUAACUCCUUUUUGCGGAAUUUCACCAGAAGAUAAGCAUAAAAUGGAAAAGGAGGCAAUGAACGAGAUCUGUAAAGAUCUUGGAGAAAGGGGCAAAGAAAUCCUAAAUAUUUUCGUGGAAUAUGAAGAACGCCAAUCUCCAGAAGCCCGAUACGUUAAGGACCUUGAUAGGGUUGAUUUUCUAAUGCAAGCGUUUGAGUAUGAGGAACGUGGAAACAAACCAGGCCAAUUGCAAGAGUUUUUCGAUAACUGCAAGGAAAAACUACAAGAUCCUUUGCUUAGUGAUGUCGUCGAGGAGAUCAAAUGUCGAAGGAAAGCAUUAAAACUGAAAAAAACUAACAAUAACAGCUACGUAUUUGUGAGCGUUGCUGUAUUAUUCAUUACAAUAGGGGCAGGUUUAUUAUUCAAGCUUAUAAACAUGUUUACGAAUGGACCCGUACUCAAUUUUAAUUAUUAAAAAAAAAAAAACUAAUGUACAUUAAAACGCGUGCGUGCACCCUCAAAAGCGACAAGGUACGAGAGCCACUGAUGCAA